UUUUUUUUCUUUUCUUUAUAAAAAAAAAAUGAAUAACGCUUGGGACAACGAUCCUACUUGGGAAAGUAACAAACAAGAGGUUCCAUCACAUGAUCUUCAUGCAUCCGGUGCAAGUAUCGAUAUCCCUCCAAUAACACCACCACCAGCAGCAGCAGUCACUGUAGAAGAAGAACAGCAGCAGCAUCGUAACCCAAGUCUGUCUCGAUGUCUCAUUCGAUCCUGGCAGUGUUUGGCUUCCAUUGCUGCAUUAGGGUUUCAAGUUGGUGCAACAUCGUUCUCUGGUGAGGAAAUACCGUUUGGUAAAGCAGGUCUAUUAUACUAUGGUCACGUCAUCUGUUGUCUGUCCAUCCUCUGGAGCGCAUUCAAUAUCUUUGUCUAUCUCACCAGACGUUUCGGUACAGGCCAUAAAAUCAAACGCUUUCUUUCCACCUUGUUUGAUCUGACCUUGACAGCCUUAUUUGGUGUCUGUGUCUUUUAUGAAAUCGCAACCUAUCGUUGUAAACCAGGCAUGCACAACGGAUGGUGUGAUUUUUAUAACACUGGCAUCUUUUUUCUUAUGUCGCUGUUCCUGACAUACACUGUACAUGCAUUAUGGGACUUGUUUGGAGCCAUGGAUUGCCUUCGACGCUAAUUUUUUCCAGUGGGAUAAAAAAAACAGACUUUAUAAUAUGUAAAAAAGAAG